CUUUAACUAUACACGGUAUGGUUACUUGACCAUAGAUCCACGUCGCAAUGUCGAGCCGAAAAACUUCGCUCCCAAACCGGGAUAGUGAGGACAAAUACUCAAUACUCUUACCUACCUACAACGAAAAGGAAAACCUGCCCUUGAUAGUGUGGCUUUUGGUGAAAUAUUUGGAUGAAGGUGGCUUCAGCUACGAGAUCAUUGUCAUAGACGACGGAAGCCCAGAUGGGACACUGCAGGUGGCAGAGCAGCUGCAGAAAAUCUUUGGCGAGGAUAAGAUCCUUCUACGACCAAGAGCGAAGAAGUUAGGCCUUGGCACUGCAUACAUACACGGCAUGAGGCAUGCCACUGGGAACUUCAUCAUUAUCAUGGACGCAGAUCUUUCCCAUCAUCCCAAAUUCAUCCCAGAAUUUAUUCAAAAGCAGAAGGAAGGUGAUUAUGACCUGGUGUCUGGCACUCGUUACCACGGGAACGGGGGCGUUUACGGCUGGGACCUCCGCAGGAAACUCAUCAGGUUGCUGCACGACAUUAAUGACGCUCUGUUUCAUGUCUUAUUAGAGACAGGAGGCGGGUGUCUGAUCUUCUUUUUGGUUGUUCCUUCUCUCGAUCACAGUCGGGGGGCAAACUUUUUGUCUCAGGUGUUGCUGAGACCCGGAGCUUCAGACCUCACAGGCAGCUUCAGGUUGUACAAGAGGUCGGUGUUGGAGUGUCUGGUUGAGCGGUGCGUGUCCAAGGGAUACGUCUUUCAAAUGGAGAUGAUCGUCCGCGCCAGACAGCUCAACUACUCAGUCGGAGAAGUACCCAUUUCCUUUGUGGAUCGAGUUUACGGAGAGUCCAAACUCGGAGGGAAUGAGAUUGUGUCAUUCGGGAAAGGACUGAUCACACUCUUCGCCUCGACAUGAUCAGCGUUCAGUGUGAACGUCCCACGAUGGUACAGUGCUCCUUUCGGUCUCAAAGUCACCGUCUCUUUAUACAGGAGAAUCAAUCACCUCGGUCAGACCGGGACAAGGGAGACUUCCCCAGUUAGCGGCAAAUAUGAGGUCCUUUUCUGUGAGUAGUGUCUCCUGAAUACUGAAGGAACAUAGUGCUGUACAUUCCCAACCCCUGAACCAAGUGUUCCACCAUUCCCUGUCCAGACCGCUGACUGAACUCCACUUCAACACAACUGUCACAUGGGCAGAACAAGUCACACUGCAACACCUGGAGUAUAAAAUAAAACAGUUUUUAAUAUUG